ACCAAUUUCUCAGUGGAUGGCUGAUGUCAAACGAUAUGUCAAGGCGCGAGUUCUACACGAGCGGUCUGGUGCGCAACAUGGCGCAGGGCGACUUGGUGUGGGAGAGCGACGGCAGCCGCAUCGCCCCGGAGCUCCAGUACUGGCUGAGCGAGGAGGACAGACUUGACACAGGGCCGUACAUCACAUACAAGUAUGGAGUAACAACUUACGGAUGGAGCCGAGCGGCAGCCAAUCAUUUACUUCCUUUCAUCUGCGAGAUUAGCCGGGAGGAAGCUUACAGAAUUAUCGAGGACAGUCGGGACUUUGACUACGGCCUAGAUGUCCUUGACCCCAACGACGUGCCACGUGGUCCCAAGUUCAUUGACCAGCCGGACAACAUCAUGGCGGUGGAAGGCAUCGCGUCCGUUGUCAUUGACUGCACGGCCGCAGCCAACCCCUCGCCCACCUACCGCAUGUACAAAAUACUGGUCAACAACACCAUCCCCAUCACCACUGACAUGGAUUCAAGGUACGCAUUAACAAAUGGGAAGCUGGUCAUCAUCGAACCCGACUGAAAACAAAGACGCUGGGCGGUAUAUCUGUACAGCAACCAAUCCCUACGGAACGGUCAUCAGUCAGAUCGGACUUCUCAGCUUUGGAAUUCUUGGAGAGUUCUCAAACGUACAGCGCGAAAAAGUUCAGGUAAAACAACACAGCUUCGGCAUGAUCAAAUGCCUUCCACCUUCAUACAGAC